ACGCGCGCGCGCACACAGCAUGUCAGAUAUAUCAUGUGGAUUUUAUUGUGUUAAAGUACUAAAGGAUUUCCUCCAUAAGUGAACAUGAGUAUUAUAGCCUUCGACUGACACCCCAGGCCUUGAGAAACAAAGUUCUGUUUAACUUUGAGUUACAAAUCAGCAAGCAGGCUUGGACAGGUUUAAGUCUGGGGACAUGGAAGAGUGAAUGUGGCUCAUUGGACUCACUUACUGUGUCCAGGGUGAAGGCUCGGAAGGUGACGGAGGACAGGAGGAUGUGGUCAGCGGCAGGCUUGAUGGGAUCUGGGGAAACCUGACGGGAGAGAGCGUGGGCCUUGCCAUUGUUGGUUCCAGAGACUUAGGACAGCGAAUAGUUUAACUUCUCCAAGGACAAAUAACGGUCAUACACAACAACGACAUACAUCUUUUAGACUCUAUUGAUGAUUGCAUUAACAUGAAGAUAUUAACUUAUGAUGCCAUCAACCUUCCAUUGCCAGGAAGUUUCAGGAAGGUGAAGGUCUUCACUCGUUGUUUUGUCAGUGACUCAGCUGUUCGGACAUCUGGGCCAGGUCUCUUUGUGUAAUUGUCCCCGAGGGCCACCAGAUGGCAGUAAUAACACGCGGUUCGGUUGAAACCAGCGACGCAGUGUGUGUAAUUCUGCCUGUUGGCCACCAGGGUGUGUCUCCGAGCUGUGACUGAGUGGGAGGAGAAAAAGCGUCUGUCUCUGAAACGGAGGGACGGAGACUCGCCGUGUGAACAACAUGUGGAGCCCCACAGAGGCGGCGUCACGUGACCUCCUCGCUGUCUCCCCCACAGGACUGGUCAGUGCCAGCUCAGUACUAUCACAUAGUGACAGUGUACCGCGAGAGUCAGUGGUCACACCCCAGGACAGUCAACGAAGGAGAUUGGCACGUGGCUCUAAUGAUGGGAGAUCGAAGCCAAGAACGGAGCAUCACGAGCACCGACACCCUCGGCCCUUUGACCCGGACAGUUAUUUCACCACGCCGAAGGUUUUUAAUGGCUCUCUGUUGGUGCACAACCCUCUGUACCCGGUGACCGGUGAGUCGUACGGAGCGUAUGCUGUGAUGCUGUUAGCGCUGGUGGUGUUUGCAGUGGGUGUGGUCGCCAAUCUGGCCGUCACCUGCGCUGUGUGGCACAACCACUAUCUGCAGAACGCUCACAACUGUGUCCUGGCCAGUCUGGCACUCUGGGACCUUGGUGUGAUCUUCUUCUGCCUUCCGGUCGUCAUCUUCCACGAGCUCACCAAGAGACGACUAAUGGGAGACUUGUCCUGCCGCCUUGUACCAUAUAUAGAGGUGACAUCUAUGGGAGUAAGCACCUUCAGUCUCUGUGCUCUGAGUGUUGAUCGCUUCCAGACAUUAACAAGCUCCUCCUCCUCUUCCUCCAAGACCCCCGAGUCUUUCAGCUCCAUCGUGUCAAAGCUAUCAGUGAUCUGGGUGGGCUCUCUGCUCCUCGCCGUCCCCGAGCUCAUGAUCUGGCAUUUGGAGACAGAGCUGUCUCGUGUCUCGCACCUCCCUGUUGACUCGUGUGUUCGUCUUCCACCUUCAUCUCCACAUUUCUCAGAAUCUGUCUAUUCCCUCGUCGUGACAUACCAUGAGUCGCGAAUGUGGUGGAUCUUCGGCUGUUUUUUCUGUCUGCCUUUGCUCUUCUCGUUCUCGUGCCAUCUUCUGACGAGCCAGAUUUCUGACGGUAAUGUCACCUCCUCUUCCUGUCCUGCAUCCUCGUCUUCCACCUUGUCCAAGAAGCUUGUCACUAUGCUAGCGAUCUUUUAUGGAGUGUUCUGCCUUCCUGAACAUGCCUGGAACAUCAGCCUCACCUAUGCCGGGGUGCAGGUGAACGGGGGAAUUCUGGCCCUGCUGGCUCUGAUCGGUCAGUUCCUGAUGUUCGUCAGGGCCUCGGCCACGCCCAUUUUGAUCCUCAGCUUGUGUCGAUCAUUGGGGCAGAGCUUUGUGGACUGCUGCUGUUGCUGCUGUGAAGAAUGUCUGCCCAAGAAACCUUCAUCACCAUCACUGGCAUCAUCAUCUGUGUCUUCGUCAUCAUUGUCAGCAGUUUUGGAGAAAAACAAAAAGUCACAGGUCGACUUUGAGAAGAAAGUGAAAGAGAAUUUAGCGGAGAUGGCUAUAGAAACUCCAUGCUGAGACAUCUUCGUCCUGAUCUCAGCACCAAAACAAAUACAACAGAUCACACGGACUUCAUUCACACUCGUAUAUUCCGACUUCUACUGACUCCACCCACUUAAUCAGUGGAGUAAUGAACUGGACCGUGUUUAUAGUCGAGCUUAAGGACAGUUGUAAACAGGGACACACUGCCGAAUGGAGCCACAGCUACAGUUUUUUAUUCUAAUGACCAUAACACUAAUGAGCUGUUAAAUACUUAUUCUUAUGUGCUAUUAUCUUUCUUUGUUCCUUUAGCUGUAUGCAACUAAAUACAACCUUAUUUUGUGAUUUUAGAGUUUUGAGAAAUAAAAACAUGCUGGACAUUUUGUUCAAA